AUGGCCAGCCAAGAUUCAACCAAUUACAUCAUGGCCAAGGCGCGUCUUCUGGAUGCUACACUCCUCCCUGCUGACUCAAGAAGUCGAGAUGGCGAUCCAUCACUUACUUUUAGUGGUGAGGAAGUGGCGAAUUCUACUUCUAAUAUUUCAACGUCUGUUUUAUCGAAAGCCCUAGAGGCCGAUGCAGAGGAUUAUCGUCAAUUGGCUCUAAAAUAUACUAUGGAUGCAGAGGAUCUCAGAACGCGACUGGCCGUGGCCGAAGCAAUAAAUGAGAUGUCAGGAGUGUCAGAUCAACUUGGAAGCGCUAUGUCUCGUCGCCUUGACGGGCCCUCACAAGUGGCUUUUUCUUCUUCAAGUGGGAGGGCCGACGACACAUUUCCUGACCUAGAUUCGAGUGCAGUAUUUGCUGCAGAAGCUGGGCUUUCAGCCACUGGCUUGUUUUUGGGUGACUCCAUUGACCUCGAUGCCGAUGCCUCUACUGCCUACCCUGUGGCUAGUGGAACCUGUCCAUUGAAUGAUAAAUUCCCUUUUCCUCGAAAUCGGUCCCUUCGUAGUAGGCAACCCAGCAAGCGCCGUCGAAAGCGCGAAAAGCUUGAUAAAUCAGCUAACAAAUCAGAAGCCGUCAUUUCUUCCCCAUCUAAAAGCCACAUGGAGCAAGGUAGCCAUACCUCUGAAGGUUCCUCCGGCUUGCAGGGAGCUUGCAAUGUUGACUGUCUUACUAGUGUUCAAGUGAAGCGAAAGCGACGAGUUCGUAUGCACAUCAAUACUGACUCAGAAGUUCUAGUUGAUCUUGAAGAGCCAGUUGUUAAAUCGAUUACAGACAUCUGUGAGAUGGAGGAGGAUGGAAACAUUAGCGAGCGUCCGAGUGGAAAUGAUGACAGUGAGUCUCCAGUUGUUGUCGAUGGUGAAGAAGAAGAACCAGAGGAGGAGAGUGAUGAGAGUGUUGAAGAUGAGGAGGAUGAUGUUGAUGAAAACCAACUGGAUGAUCUCGAGGACGAAGAAGAUGAUGGUGAUGACUCCGCUUCGAUAGACGGGGAUAACGAUGAGGAUGAGGCAGGAUUUAAUAGCUAUACUGAAAAUGAGGUUUGUAUCAUGAGUUCGCCUUUAAAUUGCUAA